CCUGGAGGUGGCAUCCAUGGUGCACCAGGAAUUGAACAUCCUGACCCUAAUGAUAGUACCUCUCAACAGCCAGCUAGUGGUGCCGAUGAUCAGAGUCAGACGAAAUAUCUAGUACUGAAGAAAGGCGAGUUACUAGAACCUAUCUACAAAACCG